AUGCCAAAAUGGGCCGUGAUAUUAACCAUGGUCAUUUGCGGCUUAUCCUCAAUUAGUGCCAUCGAACUGACACAGAAAUUCCCGGAUGCAAUCAUAAUCGGCGUGAAAAAGUGUGGCACCAGAGCCUUGUUGGAGUUUUUGAAAUUGAACCCGAAUGUCAAAGCCCCAGGGCCGGAGGUGCAUUUCUUUGACAAGAACUAUGAGAAGGGGUACUCUUGGUACAGGUGGGUUGAUUUUUUUGAGAUUACGAGGUUUUUUGGGGUUGGUGAGGUAAAUUGGGUUUGGCAUAAGGUGGAAUGGCGAUAUUAAUAAGAUUUUUGAAAUUUUUGUCGUAUUUUUUAAAAUCUUCUGAAAAAAAUUGAGCUUGGUCCCCCCCUGUUGAUCGUUUUCUACUUUUCCAAGUGCUUUAAGUAAUGUUAGUUUUUAAAGUCAACAAAGCACUUUAGAGUUAAAAAAAUACCUUUACAGUUAUUUUAAGUUACAAAAAAAAAUUUUUUUUUAUUUUUUAAAAAAUUUGGACGUGGUCCCCCCUUUUAAUUUUAUGUUUACUUCAAGUUUGAGUCACAUAAUUAAUGCCACUUUCUAAAAUCAAUAAAGUUUUUUACACUAAAAAGCUUCUUUCACAAUGUUUCUAACCGGUUUUAAAAUAUCUAAACAAAAAAAAAUUUUUUUAAUUGAAAAAAAAUUGAACGUGAUCCCGCCUGUUGAUUUUUUUCCAAAAACUUUAUGACCUAAUAAGUCCAAAAGAUGACAUUGAAUAACCCAAGGUGUUAACGAAGAAGAUGAUCGGGAUAAUGUGUUGAGGUGCAACACCUUUUUGGUAGCAAAAUGAUUGACAUGUCCCAUAAAUUGGGGCCGCAUGCCACCUUUGACUCAUCUUCAACAUGAUUGAUCUGCGGUUUUUAUUCGUUUUUUCGUGGGGUGGGGGCUUUAUUAAAUCAUUUGGUGGCAGGUUUCUUGAUUUUGAGAGAAGGAAAGGUUUGAAGGCAUGAUUUUGGCAUUAGGGGGCCUUAAUAAUGACUUUGGGACAUGAAAGAUGACAUUUGACAUUAAAUUUUGAAAAAUUUUUAAAAAUUUAAAAAAGUUUACAGUAAAUUUAAAAAGGAUUAAAAAAUAUUUUCCACGCAAAGAAACAUUGCAGAGGCUAUGUACUAACUAGUGCUACAACUUUAUACCCGUACCUUUUCUGUAAACAAAGUUAUUGCGGUUUUUUGGUUAGAAUUUGAGGAUGGUGAUGAAGAAAAUGUUUAUAAAAUGAAAAAUAAAGUUUAACAAAACAAAGUGUUUGUAGUAAAGUACUUUAAAGACCAUGUAUUGUCUACAAUAUUUUGCUUGUACCUUCUUUGUAAAGAAAGUUAUUGCGCGUUUUUGGUCGGAAGACUCUAUUGAGAGUGCUGAUGACUAAAAUUUUUAAAAAAUGAAAAAUAAAGUUCAACAAAACAAAAUUUUUGUAGAAAAGUAGUUUAGGGACCAUGUAUUAUGUAGUAUUAUAAUAUUCUGCUGGUGUCUUUUUUGUAAAGAAAGUUAUUGCGGUUUGAAAUCAGGCGGCCGAAAACUUUUGAAAAAAGUUCAAAGAGGGGACCCUUUUGAACCUUUUUUUCAAUAAAAAUCACACUUUGAUUGACUGUUUAUUCCACCACAUUUUAACCGACAUCAUCGUAUCUCAAUAUUCUAUUGUUUUCGAUUUGAUUUUAACACCCGAAUUUUAUUUAUGCGCCGUUUUUAUUUAUAUUCGGCCAACUGUUAUGAAUGACUGUACACUGCAAAGCCUAAUAAUGUUCGGAGCGAUUCGUCUUUGUGUGAAUGGACAAAUCAUAUAUAUCCGAUAAGACGGGUCAUUUGUCAGGUUGGGGUCAAAACACUGAUGAAAGAUGGGGUUGGACAGGGCCGGGCGGGGACUUUUGGUCUGGGGGCAGGGGUCCAAAAAAUCGGUAGCUACCUGUGCCGAUUUUUUGCAAAAUCUUUUUUCCGAAAAUCCACAGGGGGGACCACGUUCAACUUUUUUCAAAAAUGCGCUGCUAUAAAGGGGCUUGAGAACACAGCAAAAUUUAAAAAAAAAAUUUUGGGCGGUGUAAUUUUUUUAGUUGGGGGGGGGGAGCAAAAAAAAUUUUUUGAACUAACAUUAAAAUCAACGGAAGCCACAACAAAACCUCAAAAAAGAUUUUUUUUAGCAGAUUAGAUAUCCACCACCUCCCCCCCCCCUCUUGUAAAAUUGCGGUAUCCCACCUGCACUGCCCUCCUAUGUCAAUGCCGUAAUCACCGGCUCUUGAGCCGGCAAUGAGUCGUUUAUUUAUUCAAGGUCUGACACUUUGCAAUUAAACCGGUCGUUAAUCCCCUUUUCACUGUCGUAAUUGGCACCUUCAGCUUCUUCAGGUAUCCGCAAAGAUACCUUAAUGUUGAGGUAGCAAAAGCUUAUAUAUACAAGCUAAGUGUUUGUAAAGAAAAUUUUUGCCAUUUUAAGGUUUGUGAAGAAAGUUUUUGCCAUUUUAUAGCCUGUAAAGAAAGUUGUUGCCAUUUUAUAGUCUGUAAAGAAAGUUUUUGCCAUUUUUUGUUUUGUAAAGAAAGUUAUUGCCAUUUUAUAGUUUGUAACGAAAGUUAUUGUCAUUUUAUAGUCUGUAAAGAAAGUUUUUGACAUUUUAUUGUUUGUAAAGAAAGCUCUUGCUAUUUUAUAGCGAAUAUCAAAUUUAAGUCAUCAUCAACCCUCAAAAAUCUAAAUAAUUAUGCAAAAGAGCCAAGAGACAGCCUGAAAUCUGAUAACAUCACAUUGUUCAUAACAAUACCGUGUUCAUUACACUCCUUUCUUCAAUAUUGAAUAAUCAGAUCGAAUGAAAUUUGAAUAAGAACAAUACGAAUAAUACGCUUUCUUCUCGGCGCCGCCAAAACACGAGAAUCUCGCGAUUGUUUGAACAAAGGCUUAUUCGGACUUGAUAUGCAAAGCUGUUUUUUCGGUAGGCCAAUGAGAGUACGCUUUUAUCUUAUCCAUAAACAAACAUCAAUACCGUUGGUCUGGUCAAUAUUAUUGUAGCCAGUGCGCGGGGAUUAGCAAAGUUUCGAGAGACGGUGAAAGGGCAAGUGGUGGUUAUGUAAGAGAUGUCUUGGGUGGGUCUUAGGCGGCUGCGUGCCUUGAUUUUGGUAUUUUUGCAUAGGAAAGACUUCAGAGUACCUUAUAGUUUUAAAAAUUUCUAAACAUAUUUUUUUGAAAAUUUUUAAAAUAAAAAAAAUUAGCAAAAAUGGUCAAAUUUUGAUCAAAAAAAUAGUAUGAGGCUUUUACUAGUCGUUUUGACAAUGAGUAUGAGGCUUUUACUAGUCGUUUUGACAAUGAGUAUGAGGCUUUUACUAGUCGUUUUGACAAAACUUAAUGAACUUAAAAAGGAAAAAUGAAUAUAAAUAGCUUUCAAAAGCCUCUUAGUACCUAAUCAUAUCAGAAAGUUCCAAAAAAAUCAUUUCAAAAUUUUUUAAAAUUGAAAAAACGGCCAAAAACCACUAAAAUCAACUCUAAUCACCCCAAAAACUUGACAAAACAUCUAAAAUCAAAUUUAAAACCCAAUCAAAAUCUUUACAAAUCCCAACUACAACAUUCACAUUACAAUAUGAAACACUUUUCAGACAACAAAUGCCAUUCACAACUCCGUCACAGAUCACAAUAGAGAAGAGUCCGGCCUACUUUAUCUCAAAAAUGGUCCCACAACGAGUAAAGCGGCUGAAUCCGAACAUGAAACUCAUCGUGGUGGUCCGGAAUCCUAUCACAAGGGCUGUUAGUGGUAUGUUUUGUGUUGUUUUUGGUACUGUGGGUUGUACUGUUAUACUUUUUAAUACUGUGGGUUGUUCUGUUAUAAUGUUUUUGGUAUUGUUGAUUGUAGCGUUAUGUUUUUUUAGUACUUUGGGUUUAGGCUUGAUAAUGUAACUUUAACUAUGACUAUUAAGGCGCAUUAAAAGUCUUAUCGUUUUUUAUAAUGAAAAGCUUUGUAAAUUGGCGGAAAUACUUUUUUUGGAAUGAUAAGUCAUUGAUAAGCUAUAUACUGUACAGGGCAGGGUAAUAUUUUUUUUGACAGAGGGGAAGGGAAAGGGAGCGGGGGAACUAAACAUUUUUUUCAAAAAUCGCCCGAGGGGCUUAAGCUCGACAUUUCUGUAAAAAAAUGUUUGGACACCCCCCCCACCGCCCUGCCCAAAAUAUAUAAUCCUACAGUAAAUGUAUGCUCAACUCCUAAAUAUCCACCCCUUCUUCAGAUUACACUCAAGCCGUCACACGACGGAAGCGAAGUAUCUCUAAUGCGUUUGAGGAAAUGGCCAAAUGCGAUGAGAUCAACUCAACAAAAUGGUAAGCAAAUAUUAAGCAAACACUCGAGCCAGGCUUUACGUAACUCGAGUUUCCGAACCGGUUUAAAAGGUCAUUACUUGGGUAUUAUACUCGAUAAGAUAGAGUUUUAGAUCCGUAAUGUAAACUAUGAGCUUAUAAUGACCAAUGUAAACUAUAAGUUAGCUACUAGUUUUUAGGUAACAAAAAUUUUUUUUCAAAUUUUUCACAUAAAGUUUUCAAAAAACACCCCCCCCAAAAGCUUUACCAUACCCUGGAUACACUUAAAAAUGAUCAAACCACCCAAAACUAAUUUCGCCCAUUUUCAGCCACCAUGGUAUCAACUCCUCCUGGGGAGCAAUACGAAUUGGCCAGUACCACAAAUACCUCCAAAAUUGGCUAGAACACUUCCCUAUGAAACAAUUCAUGUUUGUCGACGGAGAAAACCUCAUUCGACAACCAGCCAAUGAGAUCCGCAAGGUUGAAAAAUUCCUCGGCCUAACACCUGGUAAGCCUACUUCAAACUGCCAUUUUAAAUCAAAUACAAAACGAAACCAAUACCUUUUUAUAUCAAAAUCUAGCUAAAUACCCCUAAUAUCAUGUCCUAAAAGAUCGUUGUAAUCAAUCAACUUUUAGUAGUCAAAUCGAGUGAUUUUGUGAUGGACAAGAUCAAGGGAUUCCCGUGUGUAAGGAAAGUCAACUCUUCUACACCUCAUUGCCUUGGCAAAUCAAAAGGCAGAGUACAUCCUACCGUGAAUUCUGAUGUGGUAAAACAACUACAAAUGUUUUAUCAACCAGAAAAUGAAAAGUUUUUCAAAAUGAUCAACGAAACAUUCAAAUGGUAG